AUCGAAUGGUGGUAGCUAUGCAUUUAGAAAAAUAACUAGAAUGUUAUUUACGAUAAAUUUAACCUGUAGACUGUCUGACCGAGUGUUGUAUUUGUUUAUUAACAAACAUGUUGUCUACAAUCAUUAAAGAGCACCAAAGUAAACAAUCAGCAAGGAAAGAGAGGCAAGAACAAAAGAGAAAAGAGGCUGUACAAGCAGCUAGUAAUUUGACGCAGGCUUUGGUUGAUCAUUUAAAUGUGGGGGUGGCUCAGGCAUAUUUAAACCAGAAAAAAUUGGAUGCAGAAGCUAAGCAGCUGCAGCAUAGUGCAACAAAUUUUGCUAAACAAACACAGUCAUGGUUGAAUUUGGUGGAGUCAUUUUCUAGUGCCCUGAAGGAAAUUGGUGAUGCAGAGAAUUGGGCACGUAGCAUUGAGGGGGACAUGAGGACUAUUGCAACUGCAUUAGAGUACUCUUACAAAGCAACUCAAGAAGCCCAAGGGACCAGUGCUACAUGAUCAUAUCUGAUGAUACAAUAAUAAGACUUAAAUACUGUUAUUAUCUAAGAAACAGAUGUAAGAAUUAUCGUGUAUUGUUGUAAAAUUUUCCUUAUUUUCUGUUUAUAUUAAUACAUGUUGAAAUAAAAGCGUCUUUUUA